CCAAAAUGUCAAAGAGUUCUUCGCGGAUCUCACCCAGACCUCAGGGGCUAUGGACGUCAGCCCUGUGGUGAGGGACAUCAUGAUGAAUCGAACCUUCACCAUCAUCAGUCUUCAUUUUGCCGACUUUGGGACCGAAGAUUGGGUGUCCUGGUUCACGGUGAAACUGAUCCAUCUCCUUCCCAGCCUGACUGCAGAGAUGCUCCAAACAGCAGCAUUAAACACAGACUGCAGUGAUUUUGACAUCAUUGUUAGGGCUCUGAGCAGGGUCUUUGACCAGAUGACUUUGCUGAGACAACAGGAGCUUUCUGCAGUGCUGUUUGGUUACCUGAAAUUAAAUAAUCAAACAGCUUGUCUUCAGAAAAAUACUCCCUUACCCAUAGGCACUAAAUAUGUUACUUCUGCAACUACAUCUCAAAAGUCAACCACUCAACUACCAGCCAAGGCCUCCACAGGUCCAGCAGUGCAAGGCGAAGUAUUUGUUAUUCUGCAGAUCCGUGUGCAUAUACAGUAUAUUGAUGCUUACAGUAAUCCUGCUUCACUGGAGUAUCAGACUCUAUCCAGAAACAUCACAAUGGAGCUGAAUCACUUCUACUGGAAAUUUUAUGAGCCACAAUUUCUUAGAUGCUACUUAAUGAGAUUCUGGCCUGGGUCAGUGGGUGCGGAUAUGCAGCUUAUUUUUAAAAGUGACACUGUGCUUCCAAAUAAAGAAAGCAUUGAAGACAAUCUUAAGUCAGCAAUUGUGGAAUCAAAAGUGUUUCUUGACAUUAUUCCUGCCAGUAUCAUUGUUGUGAAUCAAGAUGACUCAAAUUUGACAACCAGACAAACCCAGUCAUCACAAAAUGUUCUGCAAACAUUAUCUACUGCAGCACCAGUUAUUUCUAGUGUUAUACCUCCUGAUCUUUGGAGCACAGCUCCCCCUAAUUAUGUUUCAAUCACUGUAGUUCCUAAUCCUUCAACCAUAGUAGUUCCUACAAAUAUUUCAGACACCUCUGUCACUACUGGUCCAUCAGUCACAGUUGGUUCAUCAAACACAACAGGUGACACUCAUCCGUCAAGUACUUCAUCUUCUAAUGGUCCCAUAGCAGUUCCUACUCAAAAAUCAAGCAUAACUGCUCCUCCUGGAACAUUAAGCACAGCAGAUCCUGCUCAUUUACCAAACACUACUCGUAAUGCCCAUCCAAGCACUGGGGAUCAUAGUGAUUCCUCAAUCACUGCAGUUUUAACUAAUCAAACUAGUAAAACUGUUGGAUCAAGUACUACAGAUUAUAUUGAGCAACCAAGGACAACUGAUCAUACCUUAAUUACUGCAGUUCUGUCAGACACAACUGCUUCUACUGGUCCCAUCACAACACCAGAUAUUUCAGGAUCAUCAAAAUCAUCUGUUACUGUUGGUUCCACUACUGAAGUCUUUGCACAUCUUUCAAGAACAACUCUUCGCAAUCAUAUUUCAAACAGUGCCAUUCUCACUGAUAGGCAGAGCACAAAUAUUUAUAGUGAAACAUCCACCAGUGUAGUUCCUGCUGAUCUGUCAAGCAUAAUGUCACCUAUUGGUUUUACAGACACUACAGUCACUACAGAUCCGUCGGUCUCAAAAGUUUACCCUGGACCAAAUAACACUGCCAGUCGAAUAAACACAACUACUUCUAAUUAUUCUUCAAACAAUGAGGUCCUUAUGGAUAAAUCAAGCACAGCUGCUUCUGCUGGUCCCAUCACAAUGCCAGAUAUUUCAGAGUCAUCAAAAUCAUCUGGUCCUGUGAAGUCUACGACUUCUUCAGUUCCUAUUAAUCAAUCAUACUCCACUGUUCCUUCUAAUAUCUCAACCACUGAUGUCCUCAUACAUCUUUCAAGAACAACUCUUUCUAAUCAUAUUUCAAACAGUGCAGUUCCCACUAACAGGCAGAGCACAAAUAUUUAUAGUAAAACAUCCACCACUGUAGUUCCUGCUAAACUGUCAAGCACAAUAUCACCUACUGGUUUUGCAGAUACUAGUGUCACUACUGGUCCAUCAGUCUCAAAAGUUUCCCCUGGACCAAAUAACACUGCCAGUCGAAUAAACACAACUACUACUAAUUAUUCUUCAAACAAUGAGGUCCUUAUGGAUCAAUCAAGCACAACUGUUCAUACUGGAACCUCAAACACUGCAGUUCCUACUGAAUUGUCAAUUACAAGUGCCCCAACUGCCUCUUUCAUUACUAGAGAUUCUACUAAUCAAUCAGCAGAUCCUAAUGCUCCCUUUACCACUAAGGUCACUACUGAUUUAUCAGACACAACUCAUUCUUCAAUCACAGCAGAUCAUACUGAUCUAUCAAGCACUGCUUUUCCUAUUGGUACCACCCACCCUGCAAUAUCUACUAAUCAGUCAAGCACAACGAUUCCUCUAGGCCUUUCAAACAGUCAGACUCUUCCCAUUCUAUUACCCACAAUAGUUCCUACUGAUCUUUCAAAUAGAACUGUUCCUAAUGACAAUUCAAGUAUCUCCGGUCCUACUGAACAAUUAAACAUGACUAUUCCCAAUGGUCCGUCAACUACUACAGUUCCCGAAAAUCUUUCAAAUACAACUGUUCAGCCAGGCUCUUCCACCUCCACAGUGACAACCUACCCCUCAAAUACAGUUAUUAUGCCUGAUAAGAUCUACACCACGAUCUCUACUAAUCUGCCAAGCAAAGUCAUUUCUAAUCCAACAAAUAUUACAGUUUCAACCAAUAUGCCAAUCACAACUGCUCCAGUUGGCCAUUCAAACAAUGCAACAACUGUUCUUUCUAGUCCAUCUCCAUCCAGUGCAGCUAGUAAUCAUGUCACCACAUCUGUAAUAUUUUCAAAUUCAUCACACUCUAACGUUGUCACCACCUCAACCACAUCUUCACUGCAAACUACUCACUUAUCAACUAAAGCUUCCACAGGAUCAGCAGUGCAAGGCGAGGGAUUUGUUAUUCUGCAGAUCCGUUUGCAAAGACAAUACAUUGAUGCUUACAAUAAUCCUGCUUCUGUGGAGUAUCAGAUCCUGUCCAGAAACAUAACUAUUGAGCUCAAUCAAAUCUACCGGGUAAUUUAUGGGAUCCACUUCCUCAGAUGCUACGUGAUAAGAUUCUGGCCUGGGUCAGUGGGUGUGGAUACAGAACUUAUUUUUAAAAACCAGACUGUAGUUCCAUAUGCAACAAGCAUUGAAGAAUCUCUUAAGACAGCAAUUGCUGAAUCAAAAGUCUUCCUUGGCGUGAUUCCUUCUAGCAUUACUGUUGUGCAACAGCAAGACUCAACUUCAACCACCAGCCAAACUCAGACAUCACAAAGUGUUCCUGUAAUGUUAACAUCAUCGGCUGUUACACGGAUUCUGUCUAGUAUGCUGUUUAUGCUUCUGCUUCUGCUUCUGCUAUGGGAUUAAGUAAUUCUGUAAUUAUGCAAUGCUGUACUCCAAUUAUCACAUUUAAGCCUACAAUUAAUAUAAUUAAAUCUCUAUUAUGUGCUUUCAUAAAACAUUACUCUUGCAUUUAUGCAAUUAAAAUAUGAAUAAUUAUGUACUUUUAGCAAAACCUAAAACCUGCAUUUUAGCUUUUCUUUUUUGGAUAAUAAAUAAAUUAAAAUACAAGGCAUUGUAAAUAAAAAGAUAGAUGCAUUUCAAUGGUUUAAAAACACUAUAUAAUUUUUUUUUUGAUUUCAGUUGUAAAAAUCUAGAAAUUUGUUGUAGUUGUGCACUAUGCCUUUGUUAUUCAAAAAAGUGUAGACUAUUUGUAGGAGUACCAAAUUUUCA